AUGUCACUGCAAUUUCUCGACAUCUGUCAGCUUUUCGAGCAGCUGUCGUCCCUGAGAGAUCUCGAAAGCCGUGAAUUAAGCGUUCAACAAUGGUUCGGACAACAUCAAAGUCACAUACGACGUCGAGGAGCCCCUGCUCUGGCUCUUUUGUCUUGCUUGUUUCCAGAGAAACGGGCUGACCGAGUAUACGCGUUGCGGACACAACAGCUCGAACACAUGGUCACCAAAGCGGCUUGCUUGGGUCACACUCGUGUCUCCGAAUUGCGGCGUCUGCAAGGGCGUGAUAGGAUGGGUUUCGCUUCUGCGGUCCAGCAGGUUCUUUCGGCAACGGACGACUUUUCGAACCCUCCCCAACCACUCACUGUUGACGAGGUGGACCAUACGCUGGAUAGAUUGGCAUCGACUUGUGUUUUCUCAUCACCGAAGCUUCGGGAAUCCAUCACCUUUGGCUACACGGAGGUCUUCGACGAACUGGUGCGUGUUCUUCGACGAUUGCCCAGCGUGGGAGUGAAAUGGAUGAUUCGCCUGCUCCUGAAAAGCUUAUGUCCGGUGGAGAUACCGGUCACAAGGACUUUGCGGGCAUUCCACUUUCUCAUGCCUGACCUCCUCAAAGUUCGCACAUCAUUAUCCGGUGCAGUCCAACUACUAGAGGGCGACACGAUCAGCCAGCUCCCUGUAUCUCCGCCACCCAGCCUAGAGAGAUCGCUGAAAGAAUCGGCACGCGCGGAAAUUGAGCCCCGUCUCGGGAUGAUGAUCGGACUCCAAGGUUUUGAAAAGGCGCGUAGCAUCCAGCACUGCUGCCAGUUGGCCGGUCACAAAGAAAUCAAUGUGGAGAGGAAGUAUGACGGCGAAUACUGUCAGAUCCACGUCAGUCGCACAAAUUCUCAACAUCACAUCACAAUCUUCUCCAAGAGCGGUCGAGACUCAACCAUGGAUCGUGUCGGCGUGCACGAUGCCAUCAAGAGAUGCUUGGGUCUUGCGGUUGUUGAAGUUGUGGGAGCUGGAUUCGACCGCCCGCCCAACGAGCGAUUUUUCACCUUGCGGUUCCCUCGGAUCCAAAAGAUCCAUCACGAUCGCACCUACGCCGAUUCCUUGGACUUCGAUGAGUAUCAACGCCUAGCCAAGCAAAGCGUUGUCUAUCUGAAAGAGCGCGAUCAUCAAAACAAUAAAGGCAGAUUGCCUGCAGAGUUGGCUAUCCUUGAACCUACUCAACCAACCAGUUGCCUUGCACCUUCCGACAUUUCUCGUGGAGUUCUCUAUGGCCUCGAUUCUGAGACAAACACAGAGUUGGUUUCGCGCAACAAUCUCAUCGCACAUGGGAGUACACUGCGUGCUCUGACCCAGAAGCGGAAACGGUCGGUGGGGUCGGGCCUUACAUCCUCUGUACUCCAGAAGAUGAGAAAGACAACGGUUGCCGAGGAGCCUAACAAGGACAGAAAUACGAUCUCGUCUCCAUCCGCGGCUCCCGCGGCCCUGCACCUUGCCAGGGGCCAAUACAUGCGAGAUUGUGGAACGCCAACUCCACAUGAUCAGAGCAAUUCCGGUCCUCGUGAUGAUCCAUCAAGGGCAGUCGUACCCGAGAUUCCAGUACCUCUACUCUGCGACACAUCACUAUGGGAUUUAUUCCAUGAUCCCACUGUAGAUGUGGCUGCAGCGUGCUGGAAGUCUCCGUUGGAAAUCACCUCCAGAAAAGAGGUGUUCCUGGAUGGGGUGACUGGGCGAAUGACGAAUAAGGCUGGCUGGCGGGGCCAUGCUCUUAUCCCUCACAUAGUCCUGGUCAACUGGUCGUCUACCAGCGAUGUCUUGAAUGGCAUUCAAAGUUGGCUUUCGGUGUUGCAAGGUCAUGAAUCGCUCCUUUCGCGACCAGGCUCGUGGGAGAUAACUUUUUUGAACUGGAACGCGCUUGAGGCCUUUGGACAUCCAUCACAAGAUACCUCGCAUAGUGUUGACAGCUUUUCUCAUGGGAGUAUUUCCGCCCUUUUCAAGGACGGAAAUCAUGUGAUCUUACAGCCUGCGACGUCACGUGUCACGAUCACGCCAGAGGUCGCCAGCGCGUCCGAUCGUUUCUCUGGGGUGUUCUGUGUCGACGUUAGCACGCCGUCUUUGGUGGAGAACGGAUUUCUCGACAUCGCCCACCGACUUCAGAUCUCUGCAUCGACGUGGGAGGAUGGGUGUCACGGGCUUGCCAACAUUUCGCGACCGUGGAUGUUGGUGCUGGAUAAUGCGGAUGACCUCAACGUCGAUUACCAGGCCUACUUCCCACCCGGCCCGUCUGGCGCGCUGGUUCUGACAUCGCGCAAUGCGGAACCGACCAACGUCCUCUACUGGCAGACGAUGCGCGAGGGUGGCGACCUUACUCCAUCACAUCCUCUCGCCCUAAUCCAGGCCGGAGUGUACAUAGGGCGAGGUCACUACACUUUAGAGGAGUACCCUAAAGUGUAUGAGCGUCAACGGAAGCGACUGCUCAAGUUCCGGCCGGCGUGGGAUUCGUUUCGGCUCGUGGAGGCUGUCAAUUCCCUAAGAGCUUUCGCGCUGGUGUCGACCACCGUGGACAAUGGAUAUAUACGUGGAUCCAUGCAUCCCUUGGUGCAUGCGUGGGCGCGGGACCGUCAAGAUGAGCGGCAACAGCACGAGUCCUGGACCGCCAUGGGGUGUGUCGUGGCGGCGUCGCGAAGUGAGCGCGAGAUAUGGCGAGUGCAGGGGCGGCACCUACAGCCUCACCUUCAAGCGUGCACUUAUCACCAAGGCACCGCAACGCUGCAGCUCUACCCAAGUAUCAUAUGA